UAUUUUCCAGUGCUUAUUUGUUUCUUGAAAUAAAUAAUAAAAAAAUUACAUAAAUUAACUUUAAUUGAAGCGAAUAACAAUAAUAAAAUAAAUAACAAAACCGUGUGAUUUUUUUUUUAAAUUACAUUUACACAUUUAUCAACGUCUGAAAUAACACCGAAGACAGUUUGUCAGCUUGUCAGUCUUGCUUUGGGAUUUCUUGCACGUUUAUCCUGCGGCAGUUUUCUACUUCGUUAAAUUCUUUUUUCUUUUAUUUUCCAAACGUUUGUCUGUUAGCAAUUAAUGUAACAGGGAUUACCUAUUGCACUAAAAUAACCCACAAGUGUUUAAAUCUUUAUUAAUUACCUUCAACAUACGAUUAAGAUUAAUUUCACGGAAGUAAAGUGGCUUUUAAUUGCAUUGGCGGGGGGGAUCAAAGCUGAUUGAUAACUCUCGAUAAAAUGGAAUGGACAGUGCAGUUUGCAAACUAGAUUCAUUUGUUUAUAUACAACAUAAAUAAUUGACAAGGCGUUUUCAUGACCUUUUAUUUCACACGAAAUUUGGCAAAAAGCCACAUGUGUUUGUUGAGUGAAUCAUCAUGACCACAAUUGAACUACAGAACUUUCCCCAGAUCAAUAACCCGGAGCAGAGAUCAAAGGUUUCUUCAACUACAUCAGUGAACGUUUGGUCGCAAUGGAAACAGUGGUUAGCUGCUAUCACUGCAACUUUGUCAAUGGUCGCAGUUGGCACAGUUUACGGAUGGACAACAACAAGUCUGGAACGUCUUAAAAAUGGCACAGAUGUUCCUGUGACCAUCACCGACGACCAGGCUUCAUGGCUUGUGUCUCUAACAGUAAUUGCUUCAAUGUGUGGUUCAUUUUUGGGCGCAUGCCUGGCUGAUCUAUAUGGUAGAAAGUUUUGUUUACUGUGCUCUAGUGGGUUUUUCACAACCGGAUGGCUUGCAGUGAUAUUUGCAAAAAAUGUAAGUGCUCUUUAUACUGCAAGAACUAUUCUUGGAAUUAGUGUUGGAAUGUCUUAUACCACAAAUCCAAUGUACGUAUCAGAAGUUGCAGACACGAAUAUCCGUGGAGCUUUAGGAACUUUGAUAGCUGUCAAUGUUUUCACUGGCUCUCUAAUAACUUGCAGCAUUGGCCCGUAUGUUUCCUAUGUAACUUUAGGAAUCGCUUUGUUAAUAAUCCCCAUAGUAUUUGUUGUAUCAUUCGUGUGGUUUCCUGAAAGUCCACAUUUCUUAGCAAUGAAAGGCAAAAAAAAUGCUGCAGUUGAAGCAAUUAUUUUUUUUAAAAACGUCAACAUGGAAAGAGCACAUGAAGAAUUGACAAUAAUAUUAAGUAAUAUCAAUGAAUACCGAUCUCAUGAACAAAGUUGGAUACUUAAAAUUAAAAGACUAUUAUCAUAUAAUAAUUCCGUAGCAUUUUUAAUUGUUUUUAUGAUGAUUGUUAUCCAACAAUUAAGUGGUAAUUUUACAACUAUGCAAUUUUUAACGGGCCUUUUUAUUCGUGCAAAUGUUGGAAUAGAUGCAGAUACUGCGACAAUCAUUGUUUUUGCUGUUGGUUUAGUCUCGGGCACAGUCGCAACAAUGACAGUUGAGAAAGCAGGAAGACGUAGACUUUUAAUGUUAUCGAGUUUCCUCUGUGCAGGAACUCUCUUGAUACUAGCGAUUUAUCUCUACCUGCCGCAAAGGAACAUUGACGUGAGUGCCGUCAACCUUUUACCCUUAAUUGUAAUCGUCUUAUUCCAAAUAGCCUAUCAAAUAGGACUUGGUACACUUCCAAAUGCAAUGAUUGGAGAACUUUUUCCAACUAAUGCUAAAAGUAUUGCUGCUGCAGGCAUCACUAUUUCAGAUGGAAUACUUGGGUUUAUAGUAUCAACUUUUUAUACCAAAAUUGAAAAAUCAUUGGGAACUUAUUUUCUUUAUUUUUUCUUCUCAGGAUCAUGUUUUAUUGGUUUCAUUUUUAUUUUAUUUUGCGUACCAGAAACAAAAAAUAAAUCUUUAACGGAAAUUCAAGAUGAACUUUCUAAGAGCCGUUUUCGGUACAGUAAAAGUUGGAGAAGUUCAAAACAAGAAGUCGAAACAGAUAUUCCAACUAAUUGUACUUCACUAAAUGGAUAAUAUUGACUUCUGAAUAUACCUAGCAAUGUGCUCUUAAGAGAAAUUAUUAAUUUGCUGGAUGCAUUGAAUUAUCUUGAUAAUAGAAUAUAUAAAAUAUGAAAUUAAUCCGUCAGAGCUUUGAAUAAUUAUCAUUUAAUCCUUUGAAGACUUUAAAACUUAGGAAAAUCUACUUUUGAGUUACCAUCAAUUUAUGUACUCAUUAUUACUGGAAAUAGUUUCUAGUAAGAUUAAAAUAUAUUUAACGAUGGAACGAUAUAUUUUUUAUUUCAUUAAGUUACAUUUUGAAUCUCCUCGCAACUCUUUGGCCUCUUUUUAAUUCAAAAAGAAUUUUAGUAAACAUCAAAGUAAAUAAAUAUCAUCUCAAUUUACUUCGUAAAGACAAGUACUUAAAAAUAAGGAUAAAAUGUUCAAUGGUUACACCAAAACACGAUUUUCCUCUUAACUAGGUACAAGUCAAUUAACGUUUUCAAAGGAUUAAUAAUAAUAAAAUUAUUACUGAAUUUACAACUAUUUGCUUUUAUUUAAAUUAAUUACAAAAAACUCGAGUUUUUAACUUUAACAAA